AAGGACGGGGAAGCGGCGAUGUGAUCCUUGCUCGGACACCGGAAUCUUUAGGCCCUGCACAGAGGGGCGGGUCGCCGACGGGCUGCAGCCAAUAGGCGAGGCUGUUGUUGGAGCGUGGACUCACCCAAUGGAAGGGCGGGUUGUUGCGCUGCAGUUGGCAGGCUGCUGCGGGAGGUGGUGGCGGUAAGAAGCCGGAGGCAGCGGGGUGACAGGAAAAUGGAGAGCCUCAGAAAUGUAUAGUAGGAGGGAACUCUGCAAGGCCAUAGAUUAAAGGAGAGUUGACAUUCAGUAGAAGUACAUGCCAGUUUAAAGAGACCCAUCAAGCACCAUGUUUCUUUCUAAGUGGUGGUGGCAGGCUGAGCAAUGGCAGUUUGUCCUUCAUUUUGAGGAGAAUGUCUUGGCAUACUCCAGACUGCUAGACCCUCUAGAGACUUCAUUAAGAGUUGGAAAAUAUUUGAGUCUCAACAAAUGAAUUCCACACUUGAACUGUGCUGCAUUCCUGUGCCACCUCCUCCUUUAGAAAACUGAUCUUAGAACAGAGAGAUAAAAGAGGAAUAGAAGGUAGAAGAAGAUGCUGGGAUCAGAACGUGGUGUUGUAGAAGAAUGGUUAUCAGAAUUCAAGGCAUUACCUGACACUCAGAUCACCAAUUAUGCAGCAACUUUACACCGGAAAAAAACACUGGUACCAGCUCUCUAUAAAGUUAUUCAAGAUUUGAAUAAUGAGCUCCUGGAGCCUGUCUGCCACCAGCUAUUUGAGCUCUAUCGUAGCUCUGAAGUUCGACUUAAGAGGUUCACACUGCAGUUCUUGCCGGAAUUGAUGUGGGUUUAUUUACGGCUUACAGUUAGCCGAGACAGACAGAGUAAUGGUUGCAUUGAAGCACUCCUUUUAGGAAUUUAUAAUUUGGAAAUUGCUGAUAAAGAUGGAAACAAUAAAGUUCUAUCUUUUACUAUCCCUUCCUUAUCCAAGCCUUCAAUAUACCAUGAGCCCUCGACAAUUGGAUCCAUGGCUUUGACCGAAGGGGCAUUGUGUCAGCAUGAUCUCAUCAGAGUUGUUUAUAGUGAUCUUCAUCCUCAGAGGGAAACAUUCACUGCACAAAACCGGUUCGAAGUCCUGAGUUUUCUCAUGUUGUGUUAUAAUUCUGCUAUUGUGUAUAUGCCUGCUUCAUCUUACCAGUCUCUUUGUCGGAUGGGCUCCAGGGUUUGUGUAAGUGGGUUUCCACGGCAACACGAAAAACACUGGAAAGAACUCUGUGGUCGAAUAGUAUUGGAUCCCGAAUUUAUGGUGCAACUUCUCACAGGGGUUUAUUAUGCCAUGUAUAAUGGACAGUGGGACCUUGGCCAAGAAGUCCUUGAUGACAUCAUUUAUAGAGCUCAGCUAGAGCUCUUUUCUCAACCACUGUUGGUUGCCAAUGCCAUGAAAAACUCAUUACCAUUUGAUGCUCCGGAUUCUUCACAAGAAGGCCAGAAAGUCCUUAAAGUGGAAGUCACUCCAACAGUGCCGAGGAUUUCUCGGACUGCAAUUACAACAGCUUCAAUCCGUCGCCAUAGAUGGAGGAGAGAAGAUGGCUUUGACUUCUCAAACGAGGCUGACUCGAGUAUUCCUGGCUCCCCGAUCCAACACGGCUCCACUGACCUAGGGAUCAAACGUGUGCAAGAGGGGGAGGUGCUGGUGCGCAGGACCCCUGAGCACGGCUCACCGGAGCCCAACUCAGCAGCAGCCACAACAGAGGGUGCUGAGGGUCUAAAUGGAGGAGAGGAGUUGGUAAACCUGAAUGAUGCAGAUGAAGGAUUUUCAUCGGGGGCUUCCCUCAGCAGUCAGCCAAUUGGGACCAAACCAUCCUCCUCUUCUCAGAGGGGAAGCUUAAGGAAAGUAGCAGCUGGGCGUUCAGCCAAGGAUAAAGAAACAGCUUCUGUCAUCAAAUCCAGUGAGAGCCCUCGAGAUUCAGUAGUUCGCAGGCAGUAUGUACAGCAACCACCCGAUCUUAGUGUAGAUUCAAUUGAGCUGACACCGAUGAAGAAACACCUGAGCCUGCCCGCUGGCUCGGUGGUGCCAAAAACCAAUAGCUUAAGUCUAAUCCGGACAGCCAGUGCUUCUUCAAGUAAAUCAUUUGACUAUGUAAAUGGCAGUCAAGCAAGUACCAGCAUUGGGGUUGGCACUGAGGCAGUUACUAAUUUAGCAGCUAACAGUGCUAAUCGAUAUUCAACCAUCAGUCUACAGGAGGACCGGCUAGGUCAAGCUGGAGAAGGUAAAGAGCUCCUCAGCCCAGGAGCUCCCUUAACCAAGCAGUCUCGAUCCCCAAGUUUCAAUAUGCAGCUAAUAUCCCAGGUGUAGUUUGACAUCCUUUCUCAUCUUUCUGCUUACCUUGUAAACUGAACAUUUCAUUGUGCAAGAAGACACUUCAUCCCACAUUGUGAAAAUAUUGGUCAUCAUAAUCAGAUUUGAUUUAGUUUAGGUAUCUUCAUACUGUAUUUUGUAUGGAAACAGCAAUAAGGUUUUCUUUUCCCUCCUUCCUAUAUCUUCUCUUCACCUAUUCCUUGUAAAUGUGUUUGUGAAGCAGUAUAAAAUGUUUGCAUUUUCCAUGCCUUCUCUUCUCCUUGGGUGAUGUGCAAUCUGUCGUAGGCUGAUCGGUCCCAUUUCAACACUGUGAGACUGAGGAUACGUUAGAGGAAAUGGUGUAUAUGAUCCCUAUGAAAUGAUUCUUUGGCUUUCUUUUAAAAAAACAAAAACGGGUUUGUUCUCAUGAUCUGUAGAACUAUGAAGAUUACUGGAUCAUAUUUUUUUUCUCUUAACCAGGAGUGCCUCAGAGAUUCUGCUAUGACUUUGGACUUCUCUGAGUCUGUGCAAUCAUUUUCUUGAGAAGCGUGGGGAAAGGUGGUAGGCUGCUGCACUUUUCUAUUGAAAUAAGGGUGGCUCUUUUUCCCCCUGUCUCCUUUAUCUCGAGGACACAAAUGUUCAAUUACUGAGGCAUUUAAAUCAAGUGGUGGCCACCUCCAUCAGAGGGCAGGGCUCUAAGUUGAUUGUGUAAUUGAUAAUGCACUUUCUCGAUGGCUCUGUAGUCAUUAUUAACAUGUCUUCCCUCCUCCCCGCAAGGACAUAAGGUCGUUUCUGUCCUUUAAGUUUGAACAACUAACAAAUCAGAGAAUCCAAGGGGCGUGUUCUAUUUCCUAGGAAUGAGUGACACUUUGGUGCUGGGGUUUUGUGGGCGGGAGGGGGCAGUUUUUGUUUAUCUUGUAUGGGAUUGUGUGUGUGAGGGGAAGUUUUGAUUGGUUUUUUUCUUUUCCUUUGUGAGCUGAUGAUGACUGAAGUAGAACAAGUACAUCUUCAGGUAAAGAGAGGGAUUUCUCAACCCACUUUCUGUGAUGUCAGACUAUUGGAGAAGCCCUUUCAGCUGCUUUCUAGAUGUACCUAAAUUCAGUCAGAUAUCUUGGAUUAAGAAACCUGAAGUCCUGAUAGAUCAUAUACUCCAAGGAAAUACAUCAGGGACAGAUAAUUGGCUGAAAACACUGAUGCUUCAAUGUGACACAUUUUUAUAGAACAUUUCUACCAGGGGGUACUGACUUGAUUUCUCCUACAAGGACUACACUGCCUUUGUGUUUAAUGUAAUGCAAUUUGUGUACCUUAUAAUCAUAUAUCUCCAAAAGUUUCUCAUUUUUAUAAAACUUUGGAAUCAUGCCAGUAAGCUAGAUGUUGAAUGUAUGUAAGUAACAUUUGGUAACUGAGCUAAGAGGCUACAAAAAUGCAUUAUUGGUAAAAAAUUUUCAGUUCUGAUUUGAUUGGAUAAGAUUUCAUUAUGACCUCUUCUGGGUCUCUGGCUCUACUGCUUGAUUGAAGUAGAAGAGAAUAUAUUGAUUUUUGAAAUCAUUGUUAUGACUUGAACUGCUAUACAUUAUCCUUCCACAAAAGACAUCAGAGCUAUUAGUGCUUUGUACGUUGAGACAUUUUUGUUUUAUUAUCGUGAAAUAAAAAUAUACUGAAUUUAUAGAAA